AGUAGACACCCGGUAGGCGCGCACACGCGCUCAGCACAGCGCAGGCAACGUGAGCGCGCAUCACUUCCUGUGCAUGCUGGGCGAUUUCAACUCCGUCAGGACAACCGUGAGGGGUGGGGGGGAGAAAGUCGAAGUCAUAAAAAAUAGGGAGAAGUAACGGAAUACCCGAGAAAAUAGUCCACCAAACUGAUCGAGAUUAAUCGGGCACUGAUCCUGUCAUUGGACCAACUGGCAUUGGAGAGGGUGUUGGACCCUCCCCCUGCCCAGCGACAGAAUGGGACAAUAGCUGUGGGUGUUGGAUAUCGUGCCUCCCCCCUCCUCUUAGUUUUCCCCUCCUACAUAUCCAGGACACAUACACACAUUCUUUCACAUAAUACACACCCCAUGACCACUCUGGCCCCCACAAGCUAUGUCAUCCUUUGCUGUGAAGGGGCCAUGAGGCUUGUACUGGACUUUUCAUGAGUGCUACUGUUAAGGACCCUUGGGGAACAAAACAAUCCGUUUCCUUCCAGCAAGCGGACACUUCCUCCUGGUUCCUACUGCUCUGGUGGAGCUUGAAGGAAGCUUGGUAGAUCAUUAAAUCAUGAAAACACCAGAGGACCACUGGCAGUUUCCGUUUUGAGUCAUAUAUUAAAAGCCUGAAAGACUACCAGUGAGCAAAGUGAAUUGAAUUCAACCUGCAACAGGUCUGAGAGUCUGUUGUUGGAGUAAAUGAUAUCUCUCCUUAGUCGCUUCUUCAAACACAUCUGAAGUGCCUUGUGCUUCAUCGAACUGUUGUUUACAUCACAAAUAUUUACUUAACAUAUCUGAUCCAUGUCUUCCAAUCCUUGAAAAGAAUAAUUUGUUUACGUCUCCAAGCUUCAUAGUGUCAUAUCAGUUUAAUUUACAUAACCGUAUACAGUUUAUUUUUAUUUUUUUAUUUUUUUAAGCUUUUAUAUUAGCUUUUUCUGUUUGCAUGGUUCUACAAGUAAGACUGUUGGUCUGAAGUAUCUGAGAUACAAGGAAUGAGACCACCGUAGAGUCCAGUUCCUCAUAAUUAUCAAAUUUAUACUCUCUCAGACCAUUUAUCUGACUUUCAAACUUGGUAUACUGCUUCCGUGGCUCUGUUCCCUCACCAUGUUCACGCUGCAGUCCAAAUGGCGCUACCUGAUCAUGCUCUUGGGCGUCCAGUUGGUAGUCAUGGCUAUUCUCUCCAGAGAGGGCUACCAGAAAAAGGUGUCGUAUUUUUUUCGGAUUUUCCGUAAGCCGGAUUCUGCGGCGGGAAAUGUAGUCGGUGGGCGGAACCACACGGAUGUCUACGCCAACCUUUCCCUACUGGGCCCCACUCUGACUAAAGAUGACAUGCCCUACUGCCCCAAGCAGUCUCCUCUGAUUGGUGGACCAAUCCAUGUCACCUUUCCUUCUGGGCUUACGCUUGCCGAGGUGGAGAGAAAGAAUCCACUUGUUGUCCGUGGUGGGCGCUAUAGGCCACCAAACUGUGAGGCACGCCACCGAACUGCCAUAAUCAUUCCCCAUAGAAGUAGAGAGCAUCACCUCAAGUUCCUCCUCUACUAUCUGCAUCCCUUUCUUCAGCGUCAGCAGCUCAACUAUGGCAUCUAUAUCAUUCACCAGGCUGGUAAUUACACCUUUAACCGAGCGAAGCUGAUGAAUGUGGGUUUUCGUGAGGCCAUGAGGGAGGAGGAUUGGGACUGCCUCUUCUUCCAUGACGUAGACCUCAUUCCCGAAGAUGACCGCAACACUUACGUCUGCGACACUCACCCCAAACAUGCCGCCAUUGCCAUGGACAAAUUUGGCUACAAGUUGCCUUACAAGAUGUAUUUUGGAGGAGUGUCAGCUCUGACACCUAGACAAUAUCUCAAGAUGAAUGGCUUCCCAAACAAUUACUGGGGCUGGGGAGGUGAGGACGAUGACAUCGGAAUCCGGGUUUCACUCGGAGGAAUGCUGAUCAGUCGCCCUGCUGUAAAAGUGGGCAGAUAUAAGAUGAUCAAGCACAAGCAUGACAAGGGCAAUGAAGUGAAUCCCAGAAGGUUUAACAUGUUGGCAAAAACCCGGCAUACGUGGAAAGAGGACGGUAUGAACACGGUGGAGUAUGAGAUUGUGUCUCGGGAUUACCAACCGCUUUACACCAACAUCACCGUCAACAUUGGCACAGAGAAAGGCCUGUAUCCGGAAAAAAAAGCUGCUUCCUAGUCGGACUAGCCAAGCACUCUUUCCUUGCGCCAGUGCAGCGCAGCCUGCAGAACUCUUUCUCCAUAUCCACUGGCCAGGCCAGUGAAUCAAAAGGGACAUCCUGCCAUUAUUGCGCCACAGACCUUGUUUCUGUGACUGUGGUGCCACCUAGUGGUCCCAAUAUUCUCUGUCCUAAUUGGUCUCUUCUUCCCCAAAGUUUGACAUUUGUAUCUUAUACUGGUUCAGUUUAUCCUUCAGGAUGCAGAAGAUAACUGGUCCAAAUACUGACCUUUUCAGGAGCUCAUGGCCUCUUCAGUGAAGGACCACUCUGAAGGAAGAAUGUGUUUCCCAACGGACAAACUCUUCGUACAUCCUCUGUGCCCAAGGGCACCAUUAAAAACCUCUGUUGCCUUAGAAUCAAGCUGCACUCUCUGCUUACAUUUCUCAUAUGAUGACUGAAGUGUAGGUCCAUGGUCGACAUAGAGAUGGGUAAAUUUAUUCUCUGCCACUGCAUAAGAAACAUUGUUUGCUGCACUACUCUGUGUCCGGUGCGUUUCUUGUUCAGUAAAUUAGUACUGUAACUUUAUGCAGGUGGGUGGAGUGAUUUGUUUAAUGGGAUAGUUCACCCAAAAAUGAAAAAUUAAAUUUGGUCAUUUUAUUCACUCUCAUGUUGUUAUAAAUGCAUAUGACUUUUUUUUUUUUUUUUUUUUUUCCACAAAAGAAGAAUUUUCAUUUUUAGUUGAACUAUCCGUUUAAUCUUCCAUUUCGAGUAACUCAAUCAGAACUGGCCUCUUUUGGUAGUAAUAACCACUUUACAUGUACUGAUGUUUUUCAUUUUUAUUUAUUAAUUCCCGGAUUGUCGUUAUUGCCUUCGGUUGGCUUUAUAAUCAACACGCUGCCUCUCACGUUCAUGAAAUAUUCAAGACAUCGUAUUUUACCUGCAUGAAUUUUUGUUGCAUUUUUUGGUAUGAUUUGCUUGAUUGUUUGAGCAUUUGUAAUGGUUUUUUUUUUGGCUCUAUUAGUGAUAGGCAUGUUGAAUAUAUCUCUGUCACUCUGUUUGGUGAGGGAACAUAUCACAUCAGUGCAGAACGCAUCACGUUGUGUGUCAGUUUAGCUGGUUUCGUAAAGAUUGCAUGCUUCAGGAUUCCUUGAGGCUUUGUCACCCGAGUCAAAUUCAAAUGUUUGCUAACAUGCCUAAUUAUACAAACUUAAGCUUUGAAACUGUUUCAGUUUCCUUUUGACCGCACAGAUUGUUUAUUCAGAUGAAAUUGACCAAGCAAUUAUACACUUCUAUCUGAAAACCUUUUAGAAAACAUUGAGGCUCAUUGAUAGAAACACAAGCAGAAAGAAUUUGUGCAAAUUGUUUGUAAAACCUCACGUAAACUGUUCCGUUGAAUUGAGCAUCCUAAAGUUUGUACAACCAUACUUACAGAAAUUGGUAGAUUGAAUUAAGGUUUAAGCAUGAUUUAGAAUUCAUUCUGCUUGUUACAUGAAUGUAGCCGCUGUGAUUGCAUGAUUCCAUUUCAUUUUUGUACAUUUCAAACAUUUCAGAACUGCAACGUUUCUUAUAAAUUUUGGGAAAUAUCAGCAUCAGUUUUACUUUGAAUACUAAGAAUUAGACUGAAUUAUGGCCUCCACUGGCUAAUGUUAACCUCAUAUUUGCCAAUACCUGCUACCUAGCUGAUUAAACCUUAGAAAAAUUUUACGUUGUUCAGUUCCUCCACAUUGUAAAAGGGGCCCUUUUACUGUCAGGUUGCCAGAUACUGCUCUGUCCAUAUGUAUCAGUAAAUGAGUGUAUGGUUGUCUGCAUCUCAAAUUUGUAUAUGUGUGAUGGAGUUUGUUAGACUGACAUUUUAGAAAUUGCAUUAUGCUUUAAAAAUAAAAAUAAAGCCCAUUUUUAGGAUCAUUAGGGUUUUUUGCGUUGUGACAUUUUGAUGUAAAUUAAGCACAUUUUCUCUCAAAUUCUCAUUGGCAUAAUGCAUCUGUUUAUUUUACUUUUAAGAUCUUAUUUUCAUUUCAUUUGUUCAUUUCAUGUUCAUUUUAUUUCAUUUGUUCGCAGUGACGAUUCUCAGUAAUAGUAUUUUUUUUGUAAUGCAAUAAAAGGUUUUUCCAUUCCAGUAAUGAGGUUUUUGAAUGUUUUGCUUAAUUGACAAAAAUAAUGUCACAAUACAAAAAAUAUACAAAAGUCUUAAAGGGAUAGUUCAACCAAAAAUGAAAAUUCACUCAUCAUUUAAUCAUCCUCAUGCCAUUCCAGAUGUGUAUGACUUUAUUUCUUCUGUUGAACACAACUUCCUAGUGCUUGAUGCAUGUGUAGAGAGCUAGAUGGCGCUAUAGGAAGUGUAAUUGAGCUUGAAAUCAUGAUCGCCAGGGAGACUGAUGUCAAUAUGUACAGUGAAAAAAGGAGUUACAUUUUGGUCUGUUCUCACCCAAAACCAACUGGAUCGCUUCAGAAGACAUGGAUUAAACCACUGGAGUCUGAUGGAUUGUUUAUGCUGACUUAAUCUAGUUUUUGGAGCUUCAAAGUUUUGGUCACCAUUCACUUUCAUUGUGAAGACCUACAGAACUGAGAUAUUCUUCUGAAAAUCUUUGUGUUCUGCAGAAGAAGGAAAAUCAAACACUUCUGGGAUGGCAUGAGGGUGAGUAAGUGAUGAGAGAAUUUUCAUUUUUGGGUGAACUAUCCCUUUAUUUUCCUUUUAGGUGAAAAAUGGGCCAGACAUGUUCUUAAUAGGCUUUGUGAGAUUCACUAUUUUGUACGGUAUCGAGAGCUUGUGAUGGUUCAUUUCAAAAUCUAGUGUUGGUUCAUUGAAAAUGUAUUUGAUGUGAUGGAUGCAGAGAUACCAAAAAUUCAUAUCUUAAGUUUUUGUUCUGUAGCAAGAAUGAUUGAAUGGUCUACAUUUAUUUCAGUAAGGCCAUUUAUGAUCAGGUUAAUUCAAUUUGACCCACAUAUCAGCUUAUUGCUGUUGGUUGACUGUUGAAGAGUAACACAUCACGUGAUGAUCACCUGAUUUCAGAGACUGUAAACACUUUUAAUGUUAGUUAUUUGGAAUGUAAUGGGUGCUUUGCUCUUUAAGGAAUGUUCCGGGUUCAAUACAAGUUAAGCUAAAUCGACAGCAUUUGUGGGCAUAAUGUUGAUAACCACAAGAAAUAAUUUCGACUCAUUCCUCCUUUAAAAAAAAAAAAAAAAAGCAAAAACCGAAGUUACAGUGAGGCACUUACAUUGGGGACAAUGAAAGUGAACGUGGCCAAUUUUUGAGGGGUUUAAACUGACUUAAACCCCCCCCUUAUAAUUUUAAAAAAGCACUUGCAUUAAUUCUUCAGUUAAAACUUGUGUAUUAUUUGAGCUGUAAAGUGGAUUAAAUUGUCAUUUUAGGGUUUGUUGACAUUACAUCGUCAUGGAAACAGUUGUAAAAUUGGCUAUAACUUUACACAGAAAAGGUUAGUAAGUGACUUAUUCACACUAAAAUCAUGUUUACACACAUAUUCUUUGUCUUGUUAUACUUUGUAAAAAGUGAAUAUUUUAAUGUUAACAAAUUGGCCCCCAUUCACUUCCGAUGUAAGUGCCUCACUGGAAUCUCGAUUAGUUUUUUUUGGUUUUUAAAGGAGGGACGAGUCGAAAUUAAUUAUUGUGGAAAUCAAUAUUAUGUCACAAAUGCUUUCGAUUCAGCUUAACUUGUAUUGAAUGUGGAACAUUCAUUUUAGCUCCUAAAAUGCAUGUUAUUUUUUUAUCACAAAUGAAAGUUGAGAGCUUAUAUUUGAUAAUUAUUCAUAUCACCUUCACGAAUUCAUGGAAGGUGCUAGGAAUAUGCUCAGUUGUUUCAGCAAAGAAAGAUAUAGUUAACCCUCCUGUUGUCUUAUGAAACUGCACCCUCCUUUUGGUCAUUUUUGACCCAUAUUGAAAAACAUUCAAAAUGCAAAUAUUAUUGAUUAGUGUACAAUGGAACUAAAGACCCCCCUUAACAAAAAAGUUUUGUUGUGGUCCCAAAGUGUAUUAUGAUGGGGGAAAAUAAAGAAUGUAUACUAAAUAUUAAUGGAGCAACAUAAAGAUAAAAAAAUAUAUAAAAACUUGGCAAA